ACCGCCACGGAAGAGGAUUGGAAGAAGAAGACUGAAGAAGAAGGCGUAGGGCACGAGAAGGUGGAUUCGUUGACCAAAAUCACGCACCGCACCACCCUUUGAAAACUCCGAAACAGCCUCGUCUUCUGCAAAUUUCUUUCAAUUCCCCCCUCACUUUAUUAUAUUCCAUCAUUAUUUAAUCAAAUUAUUUACUAAUUUCGCCGCUACUUUACAUAUUCUCAAAUGCUUCACACGCCUCACCUCCCUCGUCUUCUCCGUUGACUCGGUUCCGGCACCCCCGCCGGAGAAUAAAAGGAGAAAAAGUUUAGCUAAGGUGUGCGUGGAGGGACCCAGAUCAGUUCUUCAGACAGGUUUCUGAAAUCAUUUGUUCAAUUGGGGGAGGACUAGAGGCGAAGUUCUUGAAAAUUGGAUAUAUUGAAUUGUUGAAGGAGAUAGGAGUAUGUCUGGAGGCAAAGAUCAGUUAGAGAUCAAGUUUAGAUUGAUUGAUGGAACAGAUAUAGGGCCCAAAAGUUUUUCUGCGGCUACCAGUGUUGCAACCUUGAAGGAGAACAUACUUGCUCAGUGGCCUAAAGAAAAGGAAAAUGGCCCAAGAACCCUAAAAGAUGUCAAGUUAAUCAGCGCGGGGAGAAUAUUAGAGAACAACAAAACAGUGGGGGAGUGCCAGAGCCCGUUAUGUGACAUUCCUGGAGGAGUCACAACAAUGCAUGUUGUCAUUCAACCACCACCUCAGGAGAAAGAAAAGAAAAUGGCAAAUGACCCAAAGCAGAAGAGAUGCGUUUGUGUCAUACUAUGAACUACAUUUCCAACAAAGGGGACAAAUUCUUUGCAGGUCCGUAGGAUUUGUUCCCUCUUAAUAGGAACGAAAUCUCGUAAAUUUCUCCUAAAAGAAUUAAGGACCUUGCAGAUAAAGAAUGUACGAAUCGGUGUCAGCACAGAAGUUCAGGACUUCGUGAUCAGUAGCCGGUGGCCUCAACUUCCAUCCGAGGGAUUGCGUUCUACUGUUCUUGUUCAGAUUGAUAUGUAUUGCUAGUUUCUUCUCGUACACCAUUUUAGCUUUUUGAUGAAUUUUGUUUCGGUUAAGGUUUCUCUACUCCCCACAUUACAGGCUUGUGAGCUCUGAGCAUAUGAUAUUGUCCUGUCCGUCGAACCAAUUGUUUCAAUGUGUAAAACAUCUGAUUUGUCUAUACAAAUUUUGCCGGCUAAGUUUCAUUUA